AUGUUCUGGUUUUGGCUGUUCGAAAUACUAUGGUGUCUGGCUAUAGUGCCAGUCAAGCUCGGCAUCGCGUUUAUGCUUGGCCGCAUUGCAGUGGCGAAGCGCCCUUGGGUUGUUGCCUUGUACACAAUCUGUACAUUGCUCACGGUGGUGACCCUAGCUGGAAUGGUCUACAUCAUCUUCCGCUGCGCACCGAUUUCAUAUGCUUGGGACACUAGCAUACCCGAUGGAACCUGCCAGCCGGUCCUCGUGCUGACAUAUAUCUUUUAUGUGACGAACGCUGUGAACAUAGCUACUGACUGGUUCUGUGCACUACUGCCUAUCCCACUACUAUGGGACGCGCCUCUGGACAUCAAGUCGAAGAUAUCAGUUGGAGUACUGCUAAGCCUUGGCGUACUGGCGAGCAUUGCUGCAUGUGUUCGGCAGCGAUACACUUCCGCUCUGACCAGUGCACGAUAUGAUGUCGCUGAUCUUGGGAAUAUCGUGGUCUGGGGUUAUGCAGAAGUUGGGAUCGGAUUUCUGGUCGGUUCGCUAAGCACAUUACGGCCAUUGCUUGCGAAGAGGAAUCGCAGCCGCUAUCCGACGACACAUCACGACGACGACGAAGAUUCAGAGGAGCUCUGCGACAGACCUACGGCUGAUAGUGAAGAGACGGCACGAACAUACAGCAUACAGCGACCACGAGAAGACAGUGUGAUGUCGGCCAUCGCCAAGGCACACACCAAGCCAAUUAGCAGGACGUCUUCCGAGUAUGCAGAUAUUGCUGAACGUACGCCUCACGAGACGGCGGAACUCUCUUACCGAAUUUCGACUGUACCAAGUCAAUCCAUCUCGACCGUUCCGAUGCAGACGAUCUCAGAGGGACCGAUUUCACCUUCGCGAGGUAGGAAGCCAGCCACUCUUAGCGCCCCAAAGCAGGUUGCUUCACCCGUUCCAAAGCAGACCAUUGGUUUGGCGUACUGA